AGGGAGUUGGCCGUGAGUGGUGCCUGCCCCGGGGCGGCGCCGCCUACAAGGGGACGGGACGCGACUCCGGGCCGGGAGCUGCGCGCUGCGGCCCCAUGGAGAUCUGUCUGGCCGGCAAACGGGCCCUGGUGACGGGCGCCGGCAAAGGGAUCGGGAGAGCAACUGUCAAAGCCCUGCUGGCGUGUGGAGCUGAAGUGAUUGCAGUGACCAGGACACAGUCUGACCUGGACAGCCUUGUGCAAGAGUGUCCCAAGAUACUGACAAUCUGUGCUGACCUGAGUAACUGGGAGGCCACAGAGAAGGCACUGAAGGACAUUGGUCGUGUGGAUCUCCUGGUGAACAAUGCAGCCGUUGCCCUAUUGGAACCGUUCCUGGAGAUGACCGAGGGCGCAAUUGAUAAAUCAUUUGACAUUAAUGUGAAAGCUAUGCUGCAUGUUUCACAGAUUAUUGCAAAAGGGAUGAAGUGCCGUGGGGCCGGCGGGGCCAUUGUGAAUCUCUCCAGUCAGGCCUCGCAGUGUGCGCUGAAAGACCACGCCGUGUACUGUGCCACAAAAGGUGCUGUGGACAUGCUGACUAAAGUGAUGGCACUUGAACUGGGACCACACAAGAUACGAGUGAAUACAGUGAACCCCACUGUGGUGAUGACGGCCAUGGGCCGGAUCGGAUGGAGUGACCCGGCAAAGGCGUCAGGAAUGUUGUCCCGUAUCCCACUUGGCAGGUUUGCAGAAGUUGAAGAUGUGGUGAACACAAUCAUCUUCCUCCUCAGUGACAAGAGCGCGAUGAUCACAGGAACCGCUCUGCCCGUGGACGGCGGGUUUCUUGCCUCCUGAGGCCAUCUGGGGGUAAAUGAGGGGUUUGUAAAAGCCGCUUGUAAUUUAGUCUUGAAUUAUAUGAAGUAGAGUCUUUGCAAUCAACUGAUUUUUCCUGAGGAAUCUAUGAGGAUGGAAAAUGAAAUACUAGAGGGUGUGGCUUUAAGGUGAAGGGGUCAAAGUUUAAAGGUGUGGGGCAUGUUUAUUACAUGGUGGGUGGUGGGUGCCUGGAAUGUGUUGCUGGGGUGCUGGUUGAGACAGAUAUGUUGUGGCAUUUGAAAGGCUCAUGGACAUGCAGAGAAUGGAGCGGUAUGGGUUAUGGCAGGUAGAUAAGUGGUCUUGGCAUCAUGUUUUGCACUGACAUUGUGGGCAGAAGGGCCUGUUUCUGUGCUGUUCCAUGUUCUACGUGUAUAAUGAACAAACUUAUACCAGAACACAGCAGAUGUGUAGCUUUCUGCCCUUGAAUUGCUGCAUUUUACAAUGAUCUCAAUUGUCCUUACCUUUGCUGUACACUCAUUGUUAAAAAUCCUUCAUGUAGG